CGGGAGAGGUGGAGAGAGGGAGACGGCGCGGAGAAGCCCAGUCCCGCAAACCCAGCAUGGCUUCAGGGGACCUUUACGAGGUAGAGAGGAUUGUAGACAAAAGGAAGAAUAAGAAGGGCAAAUGGGAAUAUCUCAUCAGGUGGAAAGGCUACGGAAGCAAUGAAGACACCUGGGAACCUGAACAUCAUCUACUACAUUGUGAGGAGUUUAUUGACGAGUUCAAUGGACUACACGUGACCAGAGAAAAGCGAGCAAGACAUGGGAAACAGGCCAGUGCUCCAAAGUUUUUACGGGAAAGCCGAGGGUCAUCUCUUGAGAAAAUAUCCCAUAGACCUUCUGAAUCUGGGAAGUCCAAAGGGUCAACACACAAAAGGAAGAGAAUUAAUGCAUCUCUCCAAAAACAGAAAAGAGGAUAUGCAGCAAAACCAGCAUCUGCUAAUGACAGAGCUGCUAAAACUGUGACUUACCGAACUACUCCCAGCGGUUUACAGAUCAUGCCACUGAAAAAGCCACAUAAUGGUCUACAGAAUGGAGAUGGAACUCAUGAAAAAGAUUCUAGACAUUUUGGGAAUGGCUCACAACAGCAAAAUGUGGAUUUAAAUGAUCAUGAAGGAGAAGAGAAUUUGCCCAGCGUGUUGGAAGUUAGUAAUGAAUCACCGGUUGUGAAUGGAAUUGGUUCUUCUCUGGCCAAUGGAAGCUUGAAUCUACACAGCACUGUGAAAAGGAAACUAGAUGGGGAGAAAGAUUAUGUCUUCGAUAAGAGACUAAGAUACAGUGUGCGUCAAAAUGAAAGUAACUGCCGGUUCAGGGACAUUGUAGUCCGGAAAGAAGAUGGUUUCACACAUAUUUUGCUGUCAAGUCAGACUUCAGAUAACAAUGCACUGACCCCAGAGAUCAUGAAGGAAGUUCGGAGAGCAUUGUGCAAUGCAUCAGCUGAUGACAGUAAACUCUUACUUCUCAGCGCAGUGGGAAGUGUAUUCUGUAGUGGCCUAGAUUACUCAUAUUUAAUUGGCAGGUUAUCCAAUGACAGAAGAAAGGAAAGCACUAGGAUUGCAGAAGCUAUAAGGGAUUUUGUAAAAGCUUUUAUUCAAUUUAAGAAGCCAAUUGUGGUUGCUAUCAACGGCCCUGCUCUUGGGUUAGGAGCUUCUAUUUUACCACUAUGUGAUAUCGUUUGGGCAAGUGAGAAGGCAUGGUUUCAGACACCAUAUGCAACAAUCCGACUCACUCCAGCUGGCUGCUCAUCAUACACAUUCCCGCAAAUUCUGGGUGUUGCACUGGCAAAUGAAAUGUUGUUCUGUGGGAGAAAGCUGACAGCACAGGAGGCCUGCAGCAGAGGACUCGUGUCACAAGUAUUUUGGCCAACAACAUUUAGCCAAGAAGUGAUGCUACGAGUGAAAGAAAUGGCAUCCUGCAGUGCAGUGGUAUUGGAAGAGUCCAAAUGUCUCGUGCGGAGCUUCCUGAAAUCUGGACUUGAAGAUGUGAAUGAGAAAGAGUGUCAGAUGUUAAAACAACUGUGGAGUUCUUCCAAAGGACUGGAUUCAUUAUUCAGCUACCUGCAAGACAAAAUUUAUGAAGUCUGAUGUCUUGGCCUAACUUAAAGAGAAAAUAUUCUACUUGUGAACAGAGUCAAACAUCACCUGUGUUUGAAAAGCAGAGGCAAUGCAUCAAUGAGGAAUUUGUGACAGUGUAUCCUAAUACCUAUGGUUGUGUCGAUUUCCUUGUGAGCUACACGGCUGCUUGUAGCUGGUUUGAUUUCGUGUAACCGAGAUGUAGGCAGGCUUGUUCAGUGCACAUAAUCUCUACAGAGGGCUGCAUCUUUCACAUUGCUCAUCCAGACAAAAGUAUACAUUCCAUGUGCUGAGAAGCACCACCCAGGCCCAAUGAGGCACACCAUCUGUAAUGAUUGAUUUUGUCUGUCCUUAACUUAUUCUUGCUGUUGCAACGCAUCUGGGCUGACACAGAGAGCUCAAUCUAAAAGCUGGGUCAGCACAAUAUUUUCUAGACCCAAAC